UGCCGCGGGUGGCUGGACGCUUUCUCUUAGGUGGGACGCAGUGGGCCCUGUGGCCCCGUUGUUUUCUUCCUUGUGGCUGGGCCACCAGUGACGCCCUUGACCCCCUGGCCGGCCAUCACGUCGCCCGCCCGCCGGUCAGCGCCUGUGGUCUGGUUUCCGCGGUCUCCCCGGGACCACUUAGUCUCAACCCGGGUUUCCUCUACUGGAGGUGAAGCAUAAGAGUUGGGACCUGGGGCCUUAGAGCAGGCUGUGUUUCCUUUUCCUUCAGGAUCAGGUGUGCGGUCAAGGGCAAGAAAGUAAUUUACAACAUUUCCUUCAAGAGGAUGCGUUUGUCGUUGUGCAAUGUGAGACUGGGUUCCUUAGACAACAGACGCCGUAUCGCCGUGCAGCUCUAUGGAUGCUUUGAAAAUGAAACAUGACUGAGGAUUCUCAGAGAAACUUUCGUUCAGUAUAUUAUGAGAAAGUGGGGUUUCGUGGAGUUGAAGAAAAGAAAUCAUUAGAAAUCCUCCUAAAAGAUGACCGUUUGGAUAUUGAGAAACUUUGUACUUUUAGUCAAAGAUUCCCUCUCCCAUCCAUGUACCGUGCAUUGGUAUGGAAGGUGCUUCUAGGGAUCCUGCCUCCACACCAUGAGUCCCAUGCGCAGGUGAUGAUGUAUCGCAAGGGGCAGUACUCGGAUGUCCUUCAUGCCCUGAAAGUCGUUCGCUUUGUCAGUGAUGCCACACCUCAGGUUGAAGUCUUUCUCCGCAUGUAUCAGCUGGAGUCUGGAAAGUUGCCUCGAAGCCCCUCCUUCCCACUGGAGCCAGAAGAUGAAGUAUUUCUUGCCAUUGCUAAGGCCAUGGAAGAGAUGGUGGAAGAUAGUGUCGACUGUUACUGGAUCACCCGGUGCUUUGUGAACCAGUUAAACAACAAGUACCGAGACUCUUUGCCCCAGCUGCCAAAGGCUUUUGAACAGUACUUGAACAUGGAAGAUGGCAGGCUGCUGAGUCAUCUGAAGAUGUGUUCUGCGGUGUCCAAACUUCCUUAUGACCUCUGGUUCAAGAGGUGCUUUGCAGGUUGCUUGCCUGAAUCCAGUUUACAGAGGGUUUGGGAUAAAGUUGUAAGUGGAUCCUGUAAGAUCCUAGUUUUUGUAGCAGUGGAAAUUUUAUUAACUUUUAAAAUAAAAGUAAUGGCACUGAACAAUUCAGAGAAGAUAACAAAGUUCCUGGAAAAUUGUGUCCUCAGGUGGCACGUGAAACGAAGAUCCUGGCAGCAGCCUUUUACGAGAUCACGAUUCCCCAGGACAGCUCGGAUGCGAUUGUGAGCAAGGCCAUCGACUUAUGGCACAAGCACUGCGGGACCCCAGUACAUUCAGCCUGAACUUCAGCCCUGAACAGCCUGCCAGGCCCGCCCUGAACAUUUGUUGUGGGGAUGUGAUCUACACUGAUUGAAAACAGGAUUCUGGCUUUGGUGCUCAAAGUGUAAUUUCUUUUCCAGUAAAAUUAUUCCAUCAGGA